AUGAAGUACUCCCUCCUCUUCGCCGCCGCUGCCGCCGCGACUUCGAGCGUUCUCGCAGGAGCCACCGUCGACCCGAACAACCUCCCGCACACGAGCGAGAAGGGCCAGUACGGUUACAACGAUUGCGAGAAGUACGGCGACUCGCCCUCGUCAAAGUGCCAGACCCUCCACAUCGAGUCCAUCAACGACUUCUGCCUCUACGCCCCUCCUCAGAAGGCCACCAUCGGCGACUCGGAGCGCUAUGAAGUUGCGUGGUGCACCAAGGCCGGACACGGAGCUCGUCUCAUCCCCGCUGGAGCGCUCAAGAGCGUUCACUACCAGAAGACGUCCAAGUACAUUCAAAUCACCGGCACAGGCGACUUCACCAAGAUGAACGUCCCUCGCGGCGACGAAGGGGGCGAAUUGGACCCGCACGGCGCUGACGGUAAUGGGAAUCCAGUCGGAUCAGUAGUGACAAGCUCGCAGUUUGGCGGUCUGAAGCAGAUCAAGGAGUGGCACCAAUUCAUUGGGUCGGGAGAGUUCUGCAUCCGCAUCUGCAACCCCUCCGACCCUGAUGCGUGGAAGUGGUGCCAGCACAUCUACGACGUUAUGGGCUGCAUGUGGAAUGACCCGGGCAACUACGGCUCCGGCUUUGACACCUGCGCCGCCGACAACGUCGCGAUGCCUCCCGGCGAAUACAAGCUCAAGAACGGCCAGACCUCGACCUGGCACCAGGGCGUCAACCCGACUCCUGCGGGACAAAAGCCGGCCAACUCCAGCCAGUGCGUCAAGCAGGCGACUAUCUCGGCGGCUAAGUAUGCGACGACCAAGCCUGCGCCGAAGCCGACGACUACUAAGAAGCCGACGACCACCAAGAAGCCGACCACGACGCACAAGAAGACUACGACGAAGAAGAAGACCACGACGCACAAGCCCGCGCCGACCAAGAAGCAUUGA